AGUUAUCGUCUCCAUGCACCUACUAUUUUAAUAUAUACAGUCGUCAGACUUAGGAAAGCGAUUUCCCAAUUCAUUUGACUGUCCUCUCCAAUUCAAUUUCUGGGGGAUAAACUAGAAUUUAAAUAAUUCCCAUUUCACAAAACACUACAAAUUUUGAAGAGGAGAAGAGAAACCCCCCUAGUGCAACAUGAGAGAACAAGUGCGGAUGUGGAACAAAAUGCGAGGGAACUGGAACAACAUGAGAAGGGUGCUUUGGAACAGAAUACCAAGGAAUGAACUGGAGCCUGGGGCUCACAUAUACACAUGGAGAUGCAGAGGAGCCAACACAAAAGAAGUCCAUCACGGGAUAUAUUUCGAUGAUGGAAACGUGAUCCACUUCACUCAAGGAGGAUUAAGAUCAUAUCAUCGUAUAUGUCGAAACUGCGGUAUUCAACCGCAUAUUCAUGGUGUGGUAUCUUCCUGUCUGGAUUGUUUUCUUUCAGGUGGAGAUCAUGAUCUCUAUCUCUUUGAAUAUGGUGUUAGUCCAGAUCUCUUCCUCCUGAGACCUGGAUGGAAUACCUGUACGCCUACCCGUGCCGAUCCAAAUCAUGAAAAUGUCAGACACAGAGCGUUUUUCCUUCUCAGGAAUGGAUUUGUUGGAUACCACCUUUACAUAAAAAACAGUUGUGAUUUUGCAAUAUAUUGCAAAACAGGGCUGAUAGUGUUCACUAGCAUGAACGUGGGCAGAAAUGAGUCAUCAGCAUACAUCUUGGCUGUUACUGCUUUUGUGUUUUUUGCUCUCCUCAAAAGCAUGCCUCUUAGUUUUACUGCUCUCGCAUCUGGAGGUCACGGUAUAUACAGUACUUGUAGAUUGGCUCUUGAUGUCGGAGCUCGUCCUGAUGUUAUUCAAGUUGAAGUUGAUAGAUCUGCUAAAGUUCUGAGAUCGGCUUCUCAUUAUUUGGGCUUCCCACGUACCAUACGCUUCUUUUUUAAACCAGUAUGGGUAUCUUUGAUGUGGACUAUUGCUUGGUUGGUACUCGGUACGUGGUCUAAAUCUCGUCCACUGGUCUGGGCCCUAGCAGGCUUCAAAUUUUUAUACUGGGCUAUAUACAACAGAACGUUCCACAUCCGGUGGGUGCUUACCAACAAGAUAGAGAGGAGGCAACUGCUGCCGGGUGAUCACAUCUACACAUGGAGGGGCUAUUUCUACGCCCAUCAUGGAAUAUAUGUCGGUAAAAGAAGGGGUAAAAGAAAGGUGAUCCAUCUAACUCGAGGAGAUGCCCCUAUUACGCCCAGCUGGUCUAUAUUCCAUCGAUGGUGGGGCAAUGGUGAUCAAAUAACCGGUGAUCGUGUGAGGAUUUGCAACAUGCGUAAUUUUCUCAAGGGCGGCAAACUCUACCGCUAUGACUAUGGUGUUGAUCUAGAUUUCUUUAUAGCCAAAAGCCGAGGAGGUACAGGUACACUUGCCUCUUCGCAUCCACCAGAAUUUGUCCUGCACCGUGCCUAUUUCCUCCUGGAGAAUGGCUUUGGUGCCUACAACCUCUUCCACAACAACUGUGAAGACUUUGCAAUAUACUGCAAAACAGGGUUGCUAGUACCAAGUAUCAUUAGCCUCGGCCGUAGUGGACAGAUAUCAUCCAUUUUUGCCGCCAUUUGUGCUAUCAUUUCAUUUCCAUAUUCAUUGCUGCUAACUGAUAUUAGUAAUUUUGUUCGUGGGCUAGCUGUGGGUUAUGUCCUUUACUCAAUCUGGAGGCUGUUUUCUGAUACAGGAUAUCGUAGGGAUGCUCAAAGACUUAGAGUUCAGGAACUAGCUGCUUUUGAGAGAUUUAUUUCUUUAAUGUUCCGACAGCUUUUGUUCACAUUAGUACCCAAGUUUAUUUGUUAUACUAUUUUGGUAAGCACAUUUUGGUUUCCUCAACAUCCCUGGGCUAUAAGGACUAAAAAUUGUCAUCUCGACUGGAUUAUAACCGUUGCUUGUAUGUGGGUCGUGUCCUUUUGAUGGAAAUUGUAAUUUUUAUUUAUUUGAACUAAUGGGACGGUCCAAUUGCUAAUGAAAUCUAUCCUCCUCAACUUAUCCAAAAAUGUA